UAAAAGAGUUCGUAGUUUCUUGUGCUUCCUCCUUCAAAGUUAAAAAGCAACUUCGUUUUCCUUUCUUCUUUUGGAACUUCAGAAACAAAAGAAGCUUCAAUCUCUUCUCAUAACACUGUUCUUUCUUCGUAGCUGUUAAUGAUAUAUAUCAUUACCAAAUAACUCAUUGCCAUCAGAAACAUGGGAGAAGUGGGUGAAGCUGAAUAUUUCAGAUCAGAAAUAGCUCUUCUGAAUUUCUCAGAUGCGAGUUUGAAACCCCCACUCUCUCCUCUGUUCAUCCUCAUUGAUCCACUCACACCAACUGAUUCAUCAUCUCCCUCAGAAGAAUCUCAUCCAUCACAGAAUCAAGAACAACACCCCAAAGACGCGUGGCUUCCGAUCACCGAAUCAAGAAAUGGAAAUGCCUUUUCUGCAGCCUUCCAUGUUCUUAACUCUAAUAUCGGCUUCCAGGCUCUCAUGCUUCCCGUUGCUUUUGCCACUCUUGGUUGGGUGUGGGGCACAGUAUGUUUGACAGUGGCAUUCUUUUGGCAGCUCUAUAGCAUAUUUCUUCUUAUUCAGCUUCACGAAUCCGUCCCUGGGAUUCGUCACAGCAGAUACCUCUUCCUCGCCAUGGCUGCAUUCGGUAAAAGGUUAGGGAAAGUGGCAGCGCUAUUCCCAGUGAUGUAUCUUUCAGGAGGAACAUGCGUCAUGCUUAUCAUCACCGGCGGUGGGACACUGAAACUGUUAUUCAAGACACUUUGUGACAAUGAUAAUGGAAACACUUGCAGUGCCCACGCGCUUACGGGGGCAGAGUGGUUCUUGGUCUUUACCUGUGCCGCCAUUCUCGUUGCACAGUUGCCGAACCUCAACUCCAUGGCCAUGGUUUCUCUCGUCGGAGCCGUUACCGCCAUCUCUUACUGCACCCUCUUUUGGGUUCUCUCUGUUAAGAAGGGUAGGCCCAACAACGUGUCCUAUACCUCAACCCUGUCGCAAGAAUCCACUGCGGUGGCUAAGAUCAGCGACGUUCUCAAUGCAGUUGGAAUCAUCGUGCUAGCUUACAGAGGUCAUAAUGUUCUGCUCGAGAUACAGGGGACACUGCCUUCAGAUUUCGAACGAACAUCCAAAAAACCAAUGCGCAGAGGAGUGAGUAUGUCAUAUGUUCUAAUCUCCAUGUGUGUCUUUCCUCUUGCAAUUGCCGGAUUCUGGGCCUAUGGAAACCAGAUAAACGAGGGUGGAUUAUUGUAUUCGUUUCCGCAAUUUCACAGGAAGCAGCUAACGAAAUUCUCCAUGGGAGCAAUAUACGUUCUGGUGAUAAUACAUUGUUUGAGCAGCUACCAAAUCUAUGCGAUGCCGGUUUUCGACAACCUUGAGAUCAGAUUCACGAGCAUAAGGAAUGAGAAAUGUUCAAGAUUGGCGAGAACAUGCAUACGAUUAUUUUUCGGGGGAUUGACAUUUUUCAUCGCUGUCACAUUCCCGUUCCUUCCAAGCCUAUCAGCACUAAUUGGAAGCAUCACCCUGGUGCCAAUCACGUAUUCAUACCCCUGUUUCAUGUUUCUAUCGCUGAAGAAGCCUCGACCAAGAGGUUUUGUUUGGUGGUUCAACGCUGCGCUCGGGUUCUUAGGGUUGCUUCUCAGUGUUCUUCUGUUAGCUGCAGCCGCAAGGACUCUUGCUGACAAAGGCUUAAAUGCGAACUUUUUCAGACCUUAACACUACUCUUCUCCAUUGGCGACUGGCAGAAGCUAGAAGCUGUUACCAACUAAUUACCACUAAUUUAUUUUCAACCCUAAAUAUAAUCAUAGCCUAGUUCCUCCAAUAGUGGAUAUAAUUAUGUAUAUUAUUCUCUUAUUUUAAAUUUUUUAUUGUUAUUUAAAGGAGUUGGUAAGAAGUUGUGUAAAAGAAGGAAAAAAGAGAGAGUAGGUUUUCGAAA